GAAUUACAAUUGAAAUUCAAUCCCAAUCCCAAAAAAUAAUACGUGUAUUCGGUAAAACCAAAUAUAGACAAAUUCGGUAUGGUAUUUGGUAUAUCCCAAAUACCGGUACCAAACUUCCAGCCCUACAUUUCAUGGCCCUGGCGCACCCGUAUACAGCCCGGUCAGUGGCAGAACAGUUUGUGAUGGGGGUUGUGCGCCAUCACGGGUUUCAGAGGUCUAUUGUCAGUGAUAGGGACUCCAUUUUCUUGAGCCGUUUCUAGAAGGAGGUGUUCGCUAUGGCCCAAACCACACUGCGGAUGAGUUCCGCCUAUCAUCCACAGACAGACGACCAGACGGAGGUGGUUAACCGUUACCUGGAGCAGUACCUGCGCUACUUUGCCCAUCAGCGCAAAGUAUAACUCUACUUACCAUAGGACGAGCCAGACUACGCCGUUUGAGGCUCUUUAUGGGAUGCCACCACCUUCCUUGGUCCGCUACCAGCGUGGCACCAGCCAGGUGGGUGCGGGGGAUCGUUGGCUCGAGACACGAGAUGAGGCCUUGGAGCAGCUCAAGGCCAACCUGGCGGCUGCCAACAAUAAGAUGAAGCAAUGGCCGAUGCAGGACAUCACUGGGUUCUGCUUCGUCUUCAUCCUUACAGGCAGGCUUCCGUCUUUCCCCGUACCUACCAGAAGUUGGCAGCUCGUUACUAUGGGCCCUAUGAGAUACUACAGAAGAUUAACCCGGUAGCAUAUCAAUUGCGGUUGCCCGCUGAUGAGUGCAUCCAUCCCACUUUCCACUUGUCAUUACUGAAGCGGUACAGAGGAGCGGCGGAUCGGGUGGAGACAACCGCCCCGCCGGUUUCCGCGGAUGGGGACCUUGAGCUAACCCCCUUGCAGGUCUUGGAUACCAGGUGGGUGAAGAAAGGGGGGCGCAUGACUGAGGAGAGCUUGGUUCUGUGGAAGCACAUGGAGAGAGAGGAUGCCACUUGGGAGGAGACGGCCACGCUCUGACAGCGAUUCCCGACAUUCGACCUUGAGGGCAAGGUCGUUUCUGAUGGGGAAGGGGAUGAUAGAGACCCGCUCGGCGAGUAGGGCGGGUAGGGUUCGGCCAUGUGGGCCGGGUUGAGUGGCAGUUUUGUUAUUUCUUGUUAGUUUUCUGAAACUCAUAAAAGAGGGUUCAGUACGUACAUUUGAGAUUAAGCAAUAAGAAUAUCAAAAUCCCUAAAUCCCUCUUUCUUUCUCAAUCCCUAAUUUCCUUUCUCAAUUCCCAAUCCUAUUCUCCUCUAUCAUUUUUUUUACUGUAACCUACACUUAGCUUUUAUUCAAUCGCAACAGAAUCAACAUUGUCAAUUACAAGCUGAUCUAGCAUAUUCAGCGGGGAUUCUCCUCUAUCAUAAUAUUUGUUCUUUGUAAUACUUUUUUCAUUUACAGUAUUAUUCUUUCCAAAUAUCAUCAACUUCUUCUAUUUGAAAAACGCUACUAAAAACAACGAAAUCACUACGGAAUAUUAUAAAAUCAAUACAACAUCUAAGCUACAUCACUACUAAUUCAAACUAGUAGUAGUUUUUUCCCUAGUAUUUUUUUGAUAACCCAUGAACCUCAACCCCACAUGCCACUUUGUGACAACGUGAUCUACUAAACCUGGGGAGCACCUGUACAAGACACAACAUCGGGAGACUUCGUCCCCCGCACUCAGGCAUGCCUCCGGGAAUACACAAACGGCGCCUCUGGGGAUCGAACUCAGGACCUCUCAUAUCCUCAGCCAACCAGGACCUCUCAUAUCCUGAGCCAACUCAGGGAUGCCUCCGGGAAUACACAAACAACGCCUCUGGGGAUCGAACUCAGGACCUCUCAUAUCCUGAGCCAACCAGAUCAACGGGUUCACCGCUAGGCUAUAUUACCUUUGGCUUUUCCCUAGUAUUUUUUCACGUUAAAGUUCUUUGCGAAGGGGGAGAGAGAUAAUUAAAUUUUAGUUUAUUUAUUAAAUUUAAUUUUACUAAAUACCAAUAAAGCCCUCCAUUGCUUCUUGGUUAGGACGGUGAUAACUCUUAUACAAUUAGCAUCGUAACUCCUCCCCUUUUGAUAACGUGUGUGUGCGUGUUUAAACUUUAAAUUUAACCAAUAGGCCAAUAGAAAGCCCACAAAUAAAAGAAGGGAAUCGCGGUUCCUUUAAACCCACCCAACCCAAGGCUUUUAAUAUCUUAAUUAAUGUCAACCAAGCUCAACUUGCACUGCAAAUAAAAUCGCCCAACUAAUUCAAACGUCCAUGUUCUCUCUUACACAGACUUUCCUUGCAGUUCAAACUUCAAUGCCAAGAACUAAGCAAGCACGCCAGCAGCAAAAUUGCAGAAAUGUAAAAAGAUGUUUCGUUGGCGAAACUCGCGCGUUCAAUGCGCUCUGAUUUCAAGGAAACAAAAGCCCAAAGUCAGCAAAAAAUCGUCAAAUAUCCGCCACCGAAUGUCGGCGCCGUUGAUUUGAUCGAUUAAACAGAAACCAAGAUGACUGUCAAAUAUCCACCGCCGGUGUCGGCGAUGUUGAUUCGAUCAAUACACCUUUGACUCCUAA